CCUUCCAGGUCCCUCCCUCCAGGUCGCUCUGGUGCUUCCUUCCAGUGUGCAAAUCGAUCGGUUGGAGUUAUGCAUUUGACCUGCAAGAGCCACGCUGCCGGUGCUUCGGGGAUCUUGUGAGCUGGAACGGGAAAGGAGCCCGCCGGCAGGUGGAAUGGGGCAGCCAUGAACGGCGAUGCCCUGUGCCAGGAGCCCUCCUCCCCGCUCCCCGACUGGAGGGAGUUCUGCAAGCUGCACGCCCAGGCAGCCGCCGUGGACUUCGCCCAGAAGUUCUGCCAGUUCCUGAAGGAGAACCCCCACUACGACACCCCCGGGGCAGAGACCUCCUUCUCCCACCACUUCACCGCCAACUUCCUGGACAUCUUCAGCCUGGAGGUCAGCCGGGUGUUCGUGUCUGACUCGCCCACCAAGUACAACAUCGUGCCCUUCGUGGGGCUGCAGAACUGCCACGUCCCCUACGGGCGGGAGGUCGCCCCGAGGAAGGAGGAGACGUCCACGGAGUCUCUGGACAGCAUGGACGCCCCGCUGGGCCCCAGCCGCUACCUGACCCCGGCCCAGCAGGUGCAGGCGCACAAGGUCUCCUCCUACGGGCAGUCCCGCAGCUCUGAGGACGUCUCCAUGCACGCCGCUGCCAAGCCCAAGUUCAAGAAAGGCUUUUCCCUGAGGAACAUGAGCCUGUGCGUGGUGGAUGGGAUGAAGGAGAUGUGGCACCGCAAAUCCUCUCCGGAGCCAGGCGCCGAGGCGGCUCUGGGCGGCCGCAGAGCCGAGAGGGAGCCGUGGCCGGCGGGGGGCAAGGAGCCCGGGGACCCUCGGGAGAAAUGGACGCACAAGCUGCGCCUGUCCAAGGUGCCCUCGUCCAAGGUGGAGCUGGUGGACAUCCAGAGGGAGGGCACGCUGCGCUACAUGGUGGCCGACGACACGAACUGUGUGGGCAGCUCGCAGUGGCAGAAGUGCCGCCUCCUGCUCCGGAAAGCCGUGAAGGUGGAAGGAGAGAGGUUCCUCCUGGAGUUCUAUGUCCCUCCAAAGGCUUCCAAACCCAAGGUGAGCAUCCCGCUGUCGGCCAUCAUCGAGGUGCGCACCACCAUGCCCCUGGAGAUGCCUGACAAAGACAACACCUUCGUCCUGAAGGUGGAGAAUGGGGCUGAGUACAUCCUGGAGACCAUUGACUCCCUGCAGAAACACUCGUGGGUGGCCGAUAUCCAGGACUGCAUCGACCCUGGGGACAGUGGGGAUGACAUUGAGCUGGUGUCCUGUGCACAAGGAGCCUGUCUGCCAGGCAGGACAACCUCAUCCAGCUGCGAGUUCCUAAAUGAUGAGGCACCCAGGCCACCAGACAGAUGUGCCCUGCCCAGCUCUCACAACACUGCCGUGGCCACGGCUGUCCCCGUGCCCCACGGCCGGGGCAGGGACUCCCUGGGGGAGCUCCUCACCCACGUCCCACUGGAAAGCUUCCUGCAGACGCUGGAAUCCUCCCCCACCGCUGGUGGGCAUCUCACAGGGGAGGACAGCGAGGCCGAGGCCGAGAUCAACCUGUCUGACUUCCCCUGGUUCCACGGGACUCUGUCACGGAUCAAGGCAGCGCAGCUGGUGCUCUUCGGGGGCGCCCGCAGCCACGGACUGUUCGUCAUCCGGCAGAGCGAGACGCGGCCGGGCGAGUACGUGCUGACCUUCAACUUCCAGGGGAAAGCCAAGCACCUGCGCCUGUCGCUGAACGAGAGCGGGCAGUGCCACGUGCAGCACCUCUGGUUCCAGACCAUCUUUGACAUGCUGCGCCACUUCCACACGCACCCCAUCCCGCUGGAGUCGGGCGGCGCGGCCGACAUCACCCUCCGCAGCUACGUGGUGGCUCAGAGCCCGCAGCCCGACACCGGCCCCCCGCCACCCCUCGUGCCACAGCCACCAAGCUGCCGGGCCGACCUGCCACCCGCCGAGGACUACCACGAGGCCGACAGCGCCCGGAGCCGGACCCGGGCGGUGGAAAACCAGUACUCCUUCUACUGA